GCCUGCCUACCUGGCAGAGUUCACUCACAUACGAGUACCUGUAUCGACCGCGUGCCAACAUACUUCCUUGUAUUUAACACCGCCAUUGUUAAAAUGAUAUCUGUCAUUUUUAGAUGAUUUGUGUAUUUAACUGGUGAAAAUUCUAAGUAAGAAUUUAGUAAAUAUGCCGUACAUCAUGAUAAUGGGAAGCCUCAGUGCUCAGCAUCUAUCGAAGGAUGAAGGUGCAACUGUGUACGGAUUAAAAAGUGAUGAACGAGCCACUUUAGUUCGGGAGUUGAACUCAUCCUUCGGUAUGGCGGUAGCAACAUCGUCAGAUUUGGAGCGUACAGUUCGUCUUACCCAGAAGGGGCUGACACUAAUGGUGGUGAACCGUCUCCAUGGUCUAUUUGGGUACGACGUAGUGUCUCAUGCUAUGGCCAUGACGAAUGCCAACCGGGAACUUAUCACGUUCACCAUGUAUAAGAAGUCCAGCCCCAACUCACACGGGCACGGACAUAGCCAUGCCUCACACAAGCAGCAUUCCCAUAGCAGUGUUGUCACCCUAUAAUCUAUUUUGUAAGAUGGUUUCGACUCCCCUUUGACAAAACAAAACAGAGACUGCAUCAUUUAUUAAUACAAGAAUCACUGCAGUCGAAUUAUAUGGUAUGAUUUGUUGAUUUUAUAGCAAUUGGAACUAUGAGUUUCUAGUACUAAAACAUCUCAAAAAUUUCAAUAUGUUUUCCCUCUCACUGAAAGAAUAGAGACAACUAAUGUUUAAGUACGAAUAU